AUGGACGACGACGGCUCCUCCUCCUCCUCGCCGCUGCGCGUGGUGAUCUGCCCCUGGCUCGCCUUCGGCCACCUGCUGCCGUGCCUCGACAUCGCCGAGCGCCUGGCGUCGCGGGGCCACCGCGUGUCCUUCGUCUCCACGCCGCGCAACAUCGCGCGCCUCCCUCCGGUUCGGCCGGCCGUGGCGCCGCUCGUCGACUUCGUGGCGCUGCCGCUCCCGCGCGUGGACGGCCUCCCGGAGGGCGCCGAGUCGACCAACGACGUCCCGCACGACAAGUUCGAGCUCCUCCGGAAGGCCUUCGACGGCCUAGCCGCGCCCUUCUCCGAGUUCCUGCGCGCCACGUGCGCCGAGGGAGCUCGCAAGAGGCCGGACUGGCUCAUCGUCGACAGCUUCCACCACUGGGCCGCCGCGGCCGCCAUCGAAAAUAAGGUUCUCUCCCCUCUGUUGCUUCAAUUCCAUGUACGUACAAGUACAGCUCGAUUGAUCCAUGCCGCCGAUGUCAUACCCAAGGUUUUUAGUUUCAGAAACAAAGUUCUAUGUGUGAUGCUUCUCCUAGGAGCCGCAACCGUGAUCGCCACCUGGGCCAGAGGGGUGUCCGAGCACGCCGCGGCCGCCGUCGGAAAAGAGCGAUCGGCAGCCGAAGCGCCAAGCUUCGAGACGGAGAGGAGAAAACUGAUGUUCACCCAGAACGCAUCGGGGAUGACGGUCGCCGAGCGAUACUUCCUGACGCUCAUGCGGAGCAAUCUCGUGGCUAUCCGGAGCUGCACCGAGUGGGAGCCUGAGAGCGUCGCUGCCCUCACCACGCUCGCGGGCAAGCCGGUCGUCACUCUCGGCCUCCUCCCACCCUCGCCUAAGGGAGGCCGCGGCGUCGGCAAGGAUGACGCCACCGUGCGCUGGCUCGAUGCGCAACCGGCCAAGUCGGUGGUCUACGUCGCGCUGGGGAGCGAGGUGCCGCUGCGCGCAGAGCAGGUACACGAGCUGGCCCUCGGCCUGGAGCUCUCUAAGGCACGCUUCCUUUGGGCUCUGCGGAAGCCGCCUGGCGUGUCGGACGCGGGCGUCCUCACUCCAGGGUUCGAGGAGCGCACGCGCGGCCACGGGCUCGUGGUGACCGGGUGGGUUCCUCAAAUCAGCGUGCUGGCGCACGACGCCGUGGCCGCGUUCCUGACGCACUGCGGGUGGAACUCGACCAUCGAAGGGCUGUUGUUCGGCCACCCGUUGAUCAUGCUGCCCAUCUCCAGCGACCAGGGGCCCAACGCGCAGCUCAUGGAGGGUAGGAACGUCGGGAUGCAGGUGCCAAGAAACGAGAGUGACGGAUCGUUCAUCCGGGAAGACGUCGCCGCGAUGGUGCGGGCCGUCGCCGUGGAGGAAGACGGCAGGAGGGUCUUCACGGCCAACGCCAAGAAGAUGCAGGAGAUCGUGGCCGACGGCGCAUGCCAUGAGAGGUGCAUCGACGGGUUUAUUCAGGGGCUCAGAUCCUACAAGCCAUGA